AUUCAAAGUCUGCGUUUUUUUGUCGUCGUUUCUGGCUACUGCCUUUUUCUUUUCUGAGCGGGCCUUGCGCCACACAAAGCGUCCAGUAGGAAUAAAAGCACAGAAGCAGAAUGACGGAAGCAGAAGCUGCGGUCUGCAGGAGGACUUCUGCAGCGAAAAAGUCGCGCUUGUGUUUCUCUUCGUCCAUUGCAGUACUACGGAAUUUCUCAGGAAUUGCGCUGCUCGUUACUGCUUCGACGUCCACCAUAUUAAUCACGACCGCGAGACCUACACGUCGAGGACUAGAAGCGAAGAAUGCUCUCUCGUCCUCCUCGGUCACUGUCACCCCGCCGCAGCCUGAGUGGACGCAAUGGUUCGAGGUAUGCAUUGUAGAGAUGCCUGGGUCUGGAAGAUUGCAAGACUUGUGCUCCUGCUGUGCUGGCGCGACUGCGAUAGAUAGGCGUAAAUAGGACCUCUCGCCUGUCAUGCAAAAAGGCAGGAAGCGGAGCACAAAUCACAUAGCGGCUCAAAAACUUGUCGUGCUACCUCUUGGUAGCGUAAUAUUGCAGGGUGGCCGUCACUUACUCUUUACAAGCUUUCUUCAUGUACAACAAUAUUCCAAACCUAGACACAUUUCAAUUCCAUUCGGGGUGCCCGUCGACCACUUCGACGACGCGGCGGACCGCCCGAGUUUCAAAAUCAAGGUCCUGGGCCUCUCGAAAUUCGCCGCAAAGACCGGCCCGAUCUUUUUCUACUCGGGGAACGAGGGCAGCAUCGGGGGUUUCUGGAAUAACACGGGUUUACCUUUCUCCUGGGCCGCGGAGUUUCAGGCCGACAUCGUGUUUGCCGAGCACCGCUACUACGGCUCCUCGCUGCCCUUUGGCGACAAGUCGUUUGACAGCCCGGAGCACAUGCAGUACCUGCGCGUCGAACAGGCGAUUGCGGACUACGCGAGAUUCAUGGAGCAGUACAAUACAGAAAACAAGAAGGUCGUGGUAAUGGGCGGCAGCUACGGGGGCAUUCUGGCUUCCUUGAUGCGGCAGAAGUACCCCACCCUGUUCCACGCGGCCAUCGCCGCCAGCGCGCCCAUCCCGCAAGCCUUUAACCUCAAGACGGAAAGCGACAACCAGAUGACCUUCUACGAGAGCGUCACGCACUCGGCCAAACAGGUGUCCCAGACCUGUCCGGGCUUCGUGCGCCAGGCCUUUCAAGAGCUGGAAACCGCCUUCCAAGCAGCUGCGCGACGAACAAGCAGGAGCGCUGGUGUUGAGGCAACUAGUACUUCAUCGAGGCCAACUGAAAGUGAAACCGCGACGACCACUACACUGGACGAGAUCCGGAAAAAGUUCCAACUGUGCCAAAACAGCCUCAAGCCGUCGGAGUGGAGUCAUUUCAUGCAGUACGCGCGCAACGCCUGGACCGAGAUGGCCAUGUGCGACUACCCCUACGCGACCGACUUUCUCGCAAAGCUCCCCGCCUGGCCGAUCAAGAAGGCCUGUGAACUCGUUGACGCCGGGGGCAAAAGUGGAGAUCCCGUCCAGGGCCUGGCCGAUGCCGUGGCCUUGCCGUACCAGAGUGAGCCAGGUAAAUAGUACCCACUCAAAUUGUGGCCGGCAGCAACAGAUUGAUACAUCUGUCGCUAUUGUCUUCAGAAAAAGCUGCAGGCACUACAACGCAGAUAACUAUCAUAACCAGGAUGAAGAAAAAAGCGAUAACAAAUCAUCUACUCUAUAACUCCUUCGAGGUACCUGCCUCGACAUGUACAAACUAUUUGUCGAAUGUGCGGACCAAACCGGGUGUGGCACGGACAACGACGCAAAAGCUUGGGACUACCAAAUGUGCGCCGACAUGAACAUCGUGGUAGCGAGCGACGGCGAGAAGGACAUGUUUCCCAAGAGAGACUGGACGCUGAAACAUUUGGAAAACUACUGUGUGAAAAAAUACAACGUCCUGCCCCGACCCACCGACAUGGCGGUGCGGCUUGGCGCGUAUUUUGUGCUUUUUUUAUGAAUAUAUGUUUAUGUGCUUUUGUGACUGUCUCCUCGGUGUAAGAAUAGACAUUAACCUCAUCGUUUAUGUGCUUGUUUGAUUACGUUCGUAUGAAUGUUGUAGGACACCUCUGUCUCUAAUGUGGUGUCAGACAAGAAUGACGGCUGGGACCGCGUGUUGAAGUGGAUGAAGCACGAAACUCACCAGCAGCUUGCAAAUUUGAUCUGUCUUCAGGCAGAAGUGAACUUGUCCUUGAUUUUUUCAAAACACCUCAAUAAAGGUACCACUUUGACACGCAGGGAGCUGGCAGUAUCUCCAACAUCAUCUAUUCCAAUGGGCUGCUGGACCCGUGGCACCCGGGCGGCUACUUACAGAAUUUAACCGACUCCGUGGUUGCCCUGAUCAUUCCGAAUGGCGCACACCAUCUCGACUUGCGGUUGCCCGAUGAAAUUAACGACCCGGCGGAUGUGGUGGGUGUGAGACUGCAAGAGAAAAAACUCGUGAAGAUGUGGCUGGGUAGUAGUACAGCGGAGAAGCAGGACAUUAGUGAUGGGAGCAUCAAUAUUGCCAAAGAGCCCGAGCGGCCCCUCGUUGGCGGAAUUUCGACUGACGGGCAUCGGAGGCGAGGCGACGAGCGACAGCAUCAAGUCCUCGAUGAGAAAGAAAAAAUACAGGAUGAGGACAUCGACAACAAAAGCAUAUUCUUCGUGUAAUUUUACCGGCCACUGUUGUGUUUCUGUUUCUCGUCCAAAGUAUUUUUUUUGCAGAUCUCCGGCCGCGACUCCGAAAAACAAAAACUUGCCAUCUGCACGUCAGCAUCGCUAAAGAUGAUCUUGCUCGCCAUAUUAGUCGGGUGCUGCUUACAACUCGCUUCAUUUUGCUUGGUCAGCCACUGCACUCCUGUGCACGACCUGAUCGAUAUGCUUUUUCGCGAACCCACUUCUUGCACGACUCUCGCGCGCUCUUAUUCACGCAGAUUUUGCAGAACGAAUACUUUCGCAACCACGAAUUUCUUGAAUAGUAGAAGCAAAAUAAAAUCCUGAGACGCAUCAGCCGAUGAAUGUUAGCCUCGUACUUGGACCACUACGUGACAUGUUCGCUUCCAUCUUCAUACACACGUCGUACAUUGUCAGCAGGUAUCGCUGAACGAAAAUGCCCACGACGACAAGGCACGACCUUGUUGACCUUUAUUGCACGAGGCCCGCGACCAAUGCUCUAUACAUAGCCUUGAGUGUGCAGAUCACUAUCACUUGCUGAAAUGUUUCUCAAGGAAGAAGAAGAACAUGAACUUGAACAGCACCAUCAUUAUACUUAGUCAUGGGACUUUCUUCCCAAAACGAGUUGAAUUCAAGAAUUGGUGAUGACACGACAAGGCGCAAGUAGGCAUAAACAUGAGAUAAAUGUUGACAU